AUGGCUGAAAACAAAGAGAACGCACCGGCGGGUAGCGCAAAGUCUGAACCCAUGGUCAGACUUGAUAUUUAUGUCAAAUGCCACCCAUCCUUGACCGUUGAGGAGUUUCACAAGCGUUGGUCCGAAAAUCAUGGUUCUCUAGUCAAGGGCUGGCUUGCUGAAAAGGGAAUUUACCGUUAUACUCAGUUUCAUUCACCACCUGAAAUGACCGGACAAGCUCUAGGGAUCCAUGAUGAUGCCGGAAUUUUAGACUUUGAUGGACACGCCGAGGUGGUUGUCCCAAACAUUGAUGUGCUAAAGAAGUUGGUGGAAGACAAUUUCUUUGCCGAGUUUGCGAGUCCUGAUGAGGAGGCUCUGGUAGACAUGGCGAGCGUGAAGCGAAGCAUUGGUUAUGAGGAAAUACAUGUAGAGAAAGGAAAGGUCGUCGAGAUCUAA